UCUCUCUCCCUUUCCCUCUCUAAACAAUUUUCCUAAAAUAAUUAAAUAAUUCUACAGUGUAAAUGACAUGUCGAGGGGCUCACAGCUGGGUUGAAACAUCUACCUAUAAAAUUUGGACAAGGAUAUCCACUUUGCAGAAGCGGCAAUGAUGAGUGAGGUCAGUCUUGCUGACAUACCAGGAAACUGCUAUUUCUCAUCUUCGUGCUCCCACUGCAUUCAGCACAGUGAUGUGCAUAUUUUAACUGGAUAAGUAAGCAUUCACUGAAAUGAGUUGGACUGUGGACCCAAGUCUGUCCCAGGUGGUCUUGUGCUUAGUGUAUUCUAACUACAAUGUUUCUGCUUACCUUUUCGAUGCUUUUUGAAGGCUUUGGAGAUAAGUCAAGGAGGACUCUGGUGAAUAUUAGACUGGGGGAUUUUCAAAUUCAUGCAAUAUACUUUAGAGCUCUAUAUGGGCUUGGUGUAGUACCAAUAAUCACUUGUUAUUUAUAAACCAGUUCCUUUUACAAGUGAGGAAUCUAAGAACUGAGACCAGCUCCCUGGCAUCUUCAUAUUUUUUUCUAUAAUUGCUACAUGGCCUCCUUUGUGAAAGUUUUAUGGGUGCAUUUAACAUCACUUAAUCUAAGAUAGCUACUUUCCUGGAACUCUUGGGAGGCCUGUCAAUUUCUUCAAGGGAAGCCAGCCUCCCUAGGUUUUAAUCUCUUUGAAUUGUGGCCUCAGCUAUAAAAGUCUUAGCUGAGGUUUUAAUGGCAGAUUUAAGUAAAUUUAACAGCUAUACCAGUGGGCGUUCCAAUUACAAACACCAUUAAAGGGCUUUAUGUGAAGAUUAAAAAAAAUACUAUUAAAAAUAGUCCACGUGUAGUACAAUUUACCAGCAGGAAAGACUUCAGUGUCCUGGAAAAGUUUCAUAUAAAAAGGGGGCUAGGAAGACACAAAGGCACAAUAUUCAACGCACUCCAAAGGAAGCGUGGCAUUCUCUGGGCUCUUCGCUCUCAAACAGGUAAAAUGCUUUGUAUGUCUAGCAUGGUUUUUUUAGACUGCAUGCUGUUGUCUGUCUACAAGGGCUUUUACAUCAUAUAGACUAACUCCAGGUGUGACGGUGUCUAUAGAAACAUUGACCUUCAUGGUCAUUGUCAGCCCUGGCCACAGAGAGCUAGCCUUCGGGGAAUGGUGACAGCUCAUCGACCAAUAUUUUUGUCUUUAGCUUCUUCCCAUCAGAGGAAAAUUAAUCUGGAGACUCCUUAUGAAAACUCCGCAUGUCAUCAGGCAGUCUGAGGCCGCCUUGGCCAGGGAGGCAUCUGGCCUGGGACUCAGUGCUUUGAAGUGUUGAGUCCUCUCUCACGCUCCCAGAUGGUACAGACAGUACUAAUGCAUGGAGGACUAGAGGGCAGACGCUCAGCAAAAUGUCAUUAGUACCUACUGUAGCCAUUUAAUGUGCAAAAAAACCCCUCUCUUUCUGCCACAAAUUUUUAGUAGGAGCUACUUGUCAGGGCAGGUGGCCCAAUUCCCUUUAUCUCAGGACAAUACAGUUGACAACCAAGGACAGAGGGGAAAAGGUUAAGACAAAAAGAUGAACUCCAUAAAGGAGGAAUCAUGGAAUUUGGGUAACAAAAUAAAUAAUGAAAAUAGAAAUAGACUAGUUUAGUUUAAAGAAAUUAUUUUGUCCCCAUCAGCUAGAAGCUCAAGGCAAGCAAGUGGGUACGUGCAUUUCCACAUCCAUGUGAAACCUGCAGAUGACUCCCACCUCCAUCUUCCGUCAAGUUAGUGACACAGUUGUUAGGCUCUUCAAACAAAAGAGGUCUUUACCUUUCGUUUAACCCAGUCUGCCCCUGUUUUGAUUGUUGUAUUGAUGUUCCUUAGAAUGGAGCCCAUUCCCAAACUCUUGGCCGGGCUUAUCCUGUUGACAGUGUGUGUGGUGGGCGGCUCCAGCCAGCACUGGUCCUACGGUUUGCGCCCUGGAGGAAAAAGAAAUGCAGAAAAUCUGGUGGACUCUUUCCAAGAGAUAGCCAAAGAGGUCGAUCAGCAAGCAGAACCUCAGCGCUUGGAGUGCACCGUCCACCAGCCCCGCUCUGCCCUCCGGGAGCUGAAAGGGGCGCUGGAAAAUCUGAUUGAAGAGGAAACUGAGCCAAAGAAGAUUUAAAUCCAUGGGUCCAGAAGAAUCGACAACACUGAAGUAUAAUUCUGACUUUGAAAUUUGUAACCUAUUUAAUAGCUGUGAAUUGUGUGGAUUUCAGACAUUCUUAUGCCAAGUUGCACACACCUUGUAAUGAAGUAGUGUGAAUAAAGUGGCCUCAGUGU